AAAUAACACACGCACACCAUUUUUGUUUUUUGAAAUUCCAAUUUUUUAAUAUUUUGAUUUUUCAUUUUCAAAAACAAAAAACAUUUUUCUUUCUUUCUUUAAAAUUGUUGUUAUUUAGCGUGUUUACAUUCGAUUUUUGAUGAUGAAAAAUUUCAAAUAAAUUACCAUCUUCUGUUAAUUAUCUCGAUAUAUUUGUUAUUUGUUUUUUUUUAAAUAUAAAUUAAAAUUUAAGCUAGCAAAAUCAAAAGUUAAAUUUUAACAACAACAAAAAAAAUGUCAACAGAUGAAUAUAGUGAAGAUGUACCGGAUGAAGAAGAAAUCUAUUCAACAUCAUCAUCCGGUAUGAUGACCCAUAAUACACAUCCUCAUCAUCAUCAUCAUCAACAACAACAACAGCAGCAGCAACAACAACAAUUACGAUCUGGUCAUAUACCAGUAUCAUCGUCAUCAUCAUAUCAAUCACAAAGCCAUCCACAAUCACAUCAUCAUCAUCAUCAUCAUCAUUCACAUCAUAAUCAGAUGGGUAUUGGUUUGCAAUCAUCAAUGAUGAUGUCAAACGAUAUGAUUAAUAAUUCUGUUGCUGCUGCUUCUGGUGGUGGUAGUGUUGGUGAUGUUGGUAUUAUUGAUCAAUUUGAUCAACAAUCUGAACAACAAAUUCAACAACACCAACAAUCACAAUUAACUAAAAGAAAAUAUGUACGUCGUAAAACACCUGAAGAACGUAAACGUCGUGGACCACGUACAAAAGAUUUAAAUGCACCAAGAAUGCCUUUAAAUGGUUAUGUUAGAUUUUUAAAUGCAAAUCGUGAACGUAUUAAACAAGAAAAUCCUGAUUUAACAUUUGCUGAAAUAACAAAAAAAUUAGCUGCCGAAUGGAGUUCAAUGAAUCAAGAUGAGAAAAAAUCCUAUCUUGAUGAAGCUGAACGUGCAAAAGAAAUUUAUUUAAAAGAAUUACAUGAAUAUCAAAGAUCAGAAUCAUAUCAAGAAUUUAUGGAACGUAAACAACGUGCUAAACAACAUCAACAAAUGGAACAACAACAACAACAAUCAUCAGUAAUGGAUCCUGGAUCGAUAAUAUCAAGUCCAUCAUCAUCAUCCAGUCAACAAAAUUAUCCACAACAACAACAUCAACAGAAUCUUUAUCAACAGCAGCAACCACCAUCGCAUCAACAGUAUACACAUCAACAACCAUCACAAUAUAUCAAUCAACAACAGCAACAUUAUUCAACAACAAAUCCUUAUGGUUCACCAACACAACCAAAUUAUAAUCAAACAGCAAAAUAUCCAUCAUCAAAUUAUGGACAACCAAUACAUUCCACAUCAUCAUCAUCGUCCAUAUCAUCAAAUUCAAAUCAUCAUCAUCAUCAUCAUCCAUAUUAUAAUCAAAAUAUUGGACAUUCAUCACCACAUCUACAUCAGAAUCAUUUACAAUAUGAUCAAACACAUCAUCAUGCACAGCAACAACAACAACAACAGCAGCAGCAGCAAUGGAAUCAUAAUCAAACAAGUCCAUUUGUUGGUCCACCAUCAUCAUCAUCAUCACCAAUGAUGAUGAUGAAUAGUCAUUAUCAACAGCCACAAUUACAAUCAUCACCUCAUUAUAAUCAACAAUUGAAUUUUCCAAUGUCACAACAACAGCAACAAAUAUCAAGUUCAAAUACUAGUGGAUUUAAUAAUUAUCAUCAACAACAACAUCCACCGCCACCACCAUCAUCAUCAUCAUCUCAACAUGAGUAUUCACCAAAUCAACAACAACAGCAACGUUUCAAUUCAAAUACAAUGAUGAUGAAUUCUGGCCAAAUGUCACAAAUUGGUCAAACAACAGUUCCUGUUCAAUUAACACAAAAUCCACACGUCCAUAAUCAACAAUCGAACAAUUAUGCAAUUGCUCAAAAUAAUCCUUCCUUGAAUACCUUGGCUUCUACAAUGAUGAAUAAUAAUAAUAAUAAUAAUAAUUCAACAUCGAAUACAUUGGCAUCAUUAUUGGAAUCAAAAUCACAAAAACAUUCAAUAAUCGAUGUGCCUAUUUAUACUGAAGAAUUUUUGGAACAUAAUAAAAUACGUGAACAAGAAUUAAGAAAUUUUCGUUCAUUUACAACCGAAUAUGAAGAAAGAAAUGCUAUUUCAUCAAAACAUAUUGAAAAUAUGCGUGAAGUAACUGAACGUCUUGAAUUAGAAGUGGAAAAAGCUAAUCAUUCAAAUCAACGAUUAAAUCAAAUAUAUGAUUGUUUAAAAGAUAAUUUAGUUGAUCAAUUUGGUAAUGAAUUAUCUGAUGGUAUACCAGCUGAAUUAGUUGAUAAUUUAAUUAAUCAAGAUGAUGAUAGUGGAAUACAACAAUCAUUACAAUCACAAGAAUUUGAAUUAGGACCAGUAACAAGUGAUAAUCUGGAUCGAUUUAUGGAUACAUUAGAUUGUGUUGGAAGUAAAUUGGAUCAACAACAGCAGCAACAACAACAACAGCAACAAUUGCCUGAACAACAACAAACAUUUGUGACAUCUAUGCGUACGACCAUUUCUUCAUUAGAUGAGAUUGUAAUUUAAUUUAAUUUCAUUUUUUUUUUGAACAAUAAUUUGAUUGUGAAUGAUGAUUAUGAAUUAUAUUUUUGUUUCGGAAUUUAGUGUGAAAAUCAGUUUUUUUGUUUUCU